UUGAGCAGCAGGAGACAUGAACCCCAUAAACCAUAAUCAAUCUUAGACGUCUGCACUGCUGCAGCAGUUGUGUGCGCGAUGUCAAACGAGGACAGGGUGGUUUUAGCGCUCGGUGGAGCAGGAACCGUCGGCUCCGGCAUAGUGAAAGCUCUCCUGGACAGAGGUUUCAAAGUUGCUGUGAUCUCCAGAGACAACAUCAAGUUGGAGAAACUCAAAGGGUUUGUUUCACCCAACACAAAAAGUAACCUGACCACUUUAGUGGGGAAUGUUGGCUCAGUGGAAGGAGUGGAGGAGGUGAAACAGGCCUUGCUUAAGUCUGUGGGAAAGAUCACAGAUGUGGUGUCCUCUCUGGGCUUCAGCUGGUGGCAGGGAGGUCCACCACACACUCAACCCCUCAAAGAACUGCAAUGGGUUAUUGAGACUCUGCUUUUCAGCACCUUUGUGUCUUGGAAAGCGUUCUUUCCCCUGGUGAGAGAUGAUCCUAACUGCACCUACACAUUUAUCACAGGAGGUGCUGGAGAGAAAGUGUUGAUGCCUGGCACAGGGUUCCUGACCGUAGGCGCAGCAAGCGCUCUGGCGUUCUGUCAGGUUCUGCGUGAGGAGUACCCAGAGUUGCCAUGCAAACUCAACCAGGUGAAAAUCAAUACGGGUGUGGCGGCCCCAGACCGAAUGGCCCCCGGGUACCUGAAUCACUUGGAUUUAGGGGAGGCUGUGGCUGCGCUGGUGGAGCGCCGCAACACGUCCCACACAGUCUUCUCCGUGAGCUGUCCUGCCGAUCUAAAAACUGUUAUCUUGGGGGGCAAUCUGUAAGCCUGACUCGUCUUCAGAUUUUCCUCUGUAUUCCCUUUAUCCUGUUAGUAUGCGUGCAUUGUUUUAAUUGCAUGUAAACAAAACAUUCCUGUAUUGCAAAUAGCCAGCUUUGUCAUAGUAGAGUCAUAGCCUUGACAUACUCAUUGUGCUCAAAACAAAUCAAUAUAAUAGGCAAUGGAAUGGUACAAAUGCUUGGAGUGCAGCAGAGCAUGAACUCGGCCCUAGAUAUGUAAGCUUGACAUCGAAGAAAAGAGAGACGUGUGAGAACGAAUGUGAAAACAAACUCGGUCUUUUCCUCUGUUAGAGUAAGAUA